AUGCAGAGUGACUACUAUCAAAGGGCGCCGAGAUGCUGUCCAGGAAGGAACGCGAACGCGAGCGCAGACACGUUGAGGAUCAGCGCGGCCGACAGGGAAGCGGAGUUGUUCUGCUGUUGCUGUAGAUGCAGCACAGCAACGUCCACGACCAAGCCAAGUCUACUGGCGUGCUUAGGGGUCUGCGUGCUGGUGUUAGCCUACACGCUACUCGGCGCGUUCGCGUUCAUGGCGCUGGAGGGUGGCUUGAAGUCGGAUUCAGAAUUGCUCGUUCCUGGUGGUUCAAAGCCCGAAGGAGGAUCGUACGUAGUACCGAAUCUUGAGGACGAUACUGCGGCCAUGGAACUCAGGGCACGCACCGUCGAAAGGCUCUGGAGUAUCACGGAGGAUCUGAACGUGCUUUACAAGGAAAAUUGGACGCGUUUGGCGGCCAGAGAAGUAUUCGAGUUCCAGGAGAAUCUGGCUCGUGAUCUUAGGAGGACUUCCUCGCAAUACGAGCCUGCUGGGCCAUCCUCACGAUCCAGGGAUCAUUCCAUGGACAGAAGACAACAUCGAAGGUGGACAUUUAGCAGCAGUUUAUUAUACUCCUUGACGCUAAUCACCACUAUAGGAUACGGUAGCGUGGUGCCUCGUACGGUUUGGGGUCGUUUGAUCUCAAUAGUGUACACAGUGGCUGGAAUCCCCCUGAUGAUGGUCUAUUUAAACACUGUGGGCGAAGUCCUCUCGAGAAACUUCUGUCGUUUGUAUGGACGGCUGUGCAGGCCACGCAAUUGCACCAGGAAGCAACAACCACCACCACCGCCCCCUCCUGUAGGCGGAAUCAUGAGCAAAACGUACAGAUACGACAACCACGUCGACUCAAAGUCUGGAAAUUAUUACUCAGCGAGUAGAGAGAGUUCCUGCGACGAUUUGGGAACCAGAGGUACCAGCAGCGCCAUUUUGCUGGAUUGUGGAAGCGAGGGGCUGCUUCAUGCUACCACCAGCUCCACUGCCGCGCUUCAGGACGUAUCGUCAGGGAACGGGAAACGCCAUUUCCACCUGUGCUCGUUGUCCUUAUCGACGAGCUCGUCACCAGGCUACGUGGUAGAGACGAAGCCUGAGAAAGUACCGGUCACCCUGUGCCUGGUAGUCAUGCUGAUCUACUUAUGCGGUGGCGCGGUGAUGUUCAAUCGUCUUGAGGGUUGGAGCCUCCUGGAGGGUGGUUACUUCUGCUUCACCAGCUUGGGAACUAUUGGUUUCGGUGAUAUGAUGCCAGUUGGAAAAAACGCCGCGUCCGCCACCCUGGAGGAACUCAGCCUGUGCGUCUGUUCGCUCUACAUAGUCGCCGGGAUGGGCCUGGUCGCCAUGUGCAUCAACCUCGUCCAGAAGGACGUGGUACGCGUGAUCAGGGUCUUCGGUAGAACCUGCGGCAUGUCGUCGGGGGUGGUGGUCGGACCUAUCGGUGGUACAGGCGCAAGUUCUGGGCUCAAGGUCGACCUGGACGACGGUGGAGGCAUCAGCGACUCGCGGUUGUCGGAGCAAGAGGAAGAAGGAAUCGCCAUGUCCAUGGUGCCAACAUCCUGACAGCAUCAGGUCAGGAGUCCCGGGGACGGGAAGCUCCUGGCCCACUCGUCCAACACUGCCAUAAAACCAUCACCUGGCCAUCAUUCCCUACCGCGCAAGAAGACACCAUCUGAAACGAGAAACUCAUCGGGUCAACAAUUUCAACGCGCCCAAUCGUUAAGACGCAGUUGUCUCUCGCCAACACAAUACCAUCAUCAACAACAUCAUCAACAUCGUCAACAAGAGAGCACAUCUCUACACUUUGAAUACUUCGUGCCAAGAAGCGUCAGCGAGUUCAAUUUGGCCGCUGCAGCGGUCACAGACAUGGCGGUACCACCACCACCUCCCACUUCCGUUCU